AUGAGCUGGAGCUUCCUCACGCGGCUGCUGGAGGAGAUCCACAACCACUCCACCUUCGUGGGGAAGCUGUGGCUCACCGUGCUUGUCGUCUUCCGCAUCGUCCUCACCGCCGUCGGGGGAGAGUCCAUCUACUAUGACGAGCAGAGCAAGUUCAUCUGCAACUCGGGCCAGCCGGGCUGCGAGAACGUCUGCUACGACGCCUUCGCGCCGCUGUCGCACGUCCGCUUUUGGGUCUUCCAGAUCAUCCUGGUGGCCAUGCCAUCUCUCAUGUACAUGGGCUACGCCGUCAACAAGAUCGCCCGGCUGGACGAGGACAAGGGCGGGGGAGGGUUGGCCACUGAGACAGGGGGAGGGGAUGGAGGUGGCUACACCCACCGGAGGCCCAGGAAGAUCUGCUUCGGGGCGCGGCAGCACCGGGGUAUAGAGGAGGACCAGGACCAGGACCAAGAGGAUGACCCUAUGAUCUACGAGGUGCCUGAGCCCGAGCCCCCUCGCCGGGUCGACCCGCUGGCCCCGCGGCCCAAGCCCAAGGUACGCCAUGACGGGCGGCGGCGUAUCCAGGGUGACGGGCUGAUGCGUAUCUACGUGCUGCAGCUGGUGACUCGCACGGCGCUGGAGGCAGGCUUCCUGGCGGGCCAGUACCUGCUGUACGGCUUCCGUGUGAUUCCCGUGUUCGUGUGCUCCUUCGAGCCCUGCCCCCACAGCGUGGAUUGCUUCGUGUCGCGGCCCACGGAGAAGACCAUCUUCCUGCGCAUCAUGUACGGCGUCACGGUGCUCUGCCUCACCCUCAACGUGUGGGAGAUGCUGCACCUGGGCAUCGGGACCAUCUGUGACAUCAUCCGCCGUCGCCGCUGGGUGGUGGGGGAUGGGGGUGCUGAGUACGUGGGGUACCCGUUCUCUUGGAACGCCCCGUCAGCUCCGCCGGGCUACAACAUCGUGGUGAAGCCGGAACAGAUCCCUUACACGGACUUGAGCAAUGCCAAGAUGGCGUGCAAGCAGAACCGGGCCAACAUCGCCCAGGAGGAGCAGCAGCAGUUUGGAAGCAACGAGGACAAUUUCCCCACGGGAGGGGAGGCCCGCGUGGCCCUCAACAAGGACAUGAUCCUGCAUGCCCAUGACCAGCUAGAGGCAGCCAUCCAGGCCUACAGCCAGCAGCACAGGCCUCACAAGGAACGCAAGCACCGAUUCAAACACGGCAAGGGGGGCAGCAGUGGCGAAGGGACUGGAAGCAGCAGCAACAGCAGUAGUAGCAAGUCAGGGGUGGGCAAGCCUUCUGUGUGGAUUUGACCCCGUACACACACAAAUAGACAAACACACACACACACACACACUCCAGCCCUGGCCUGAGCCAGCACUGACGGAGCCCC